AUGGCCGAUAGAUUUCCGUCUCUUGACGACUUCGAUUCCGGAGCUCAAACCGAAAUUAAAGAUCCUUCCGCUGAUCCAUCAGCCGAUGACUUUCUCGCCAGAGAGAAAGCCUUGUUGGGAGAUGACGCCGAACAGUUUGCAACCAGUGACGAUGCUGCCGCUCUGGCGGGAUCCGACGGCGACCUUUUGGGACAGGGUGAUAAUAGCGAGUCAACCUUCAAGUCCCAAUUUCCCGACCUUGCAAGUCCAUCCUCAGGCACUGGUGGACCACCGGAAGGCAGUUCCAUCACUGGACCAUCUGUGAGCUACAACUCUGGUUAUCAGACUCAGAUAGACGAUGAGGAAGAGCCCGAGGUGAUCAAGCGAUGGAGAGAGGAACGCGAUGCACAGAUUUCCAAGAGAACUGAGCAAUUUGCUGCCCAGCGUGAGGAGACUAUUAAAGAAGCGCAGCAGAAUAUCGACGAUUUCUAUGAGAAUUACAACGCUAAGAAAGAAAAAGGAAUUGCCCAGACCAGGAAAGACGCGGAGCAAUUCCUCGCUAACCGCGAGGACACAGUCUCAGGUGGAACCAGUUGGGAUCGCGUUGCGAAGCUCGUGGAUGUGAGUGGUAAAGGCACCAGGGGUGGCGCAACGGGGUCUGGCAAAGAACGUUUUCGCGAAAUGUUGACGAGCUUACGGAAAGACGAGAAGGCGCCCGCGGCAACGGGUUAUUGA